AAUUUUUCAAUGUUUUAUAAUGAAGAUCACUUUGUUGGUGCAACUAAAUAAAUAAAUAAAUUAAAACCAAGUAGUGCCAGCCCUAGCAAAUUUCUCUAUUGACACUAGGACGUCCCCAUUAACCCAAAUUUCCGGGUAAAUAGGGAUAUCACAUAUUUCUGCUUUUUUUUGCUUAAACUGGAAUACUAAUUGUAUAGUUUUAAAUUGGAGAACAAAGAUAACCCCAAGACUCAAUCAUUUUGAUCCUGAUAUAGCAUUAUAUACAUCAACAACUACCUUAAAAUUGUUCAGCAAGUUGGAAUUUGUUCCUAAUCACCCCGUUUUACAGGUACUUAUUUGCUGACUCCAGUAACCUGCCAAAACACAGAUUAAACUUUGACAUUUUUCACAUGGUUAACAUGGCUUAAUAUUUACGUAAAAAACUUUAAUGAAAAUAUUACAUACCGUACACAACGUACCGGCACAUAUCAGUAAUUAAAUACAUUGCAGAUUGAUUCUAAAAAUGUAAUACAUAACACCGUGUAUUGGUACAUACAACUUAAUUUUUUUUAUCUUAGUUCAGACAACUAGUAUGAGAACUAGAAAAAAGUAACAACUUUCUACAUUUUACUUUUUUGUCCUGACUAUCAAUUAUUACGGCUGCUGAGAACAAUGGAUUCCAGUGAUGAAAUUCUAUCAUUUCUAGAUUUAUUGGAUCUAGACGAGGAGCUGAUAGAUAAAAGAUUAAAUUCUAUAAUGCUAAGAAUUAACCACAGCAACGACCAUUUGAAGAAUGCACUUCAACUAUUACAAUAUAAACAUUUAAUAAACACUCGUGAAGAUUCAGAAUGUGAAAAUAAACAAGAAUGUGAUUUUGUUGUACAGCUCAUUCAGAACGCACAUGAUGAAAACCUAAAAUAUAUUUGUAAGAUACUUAAAAUUGUGCUUAGAUUAAAUCCAUCAACUAUAGUGAGUAAAUCUGAACAUAUACUACAACAGAUAUUAUCGAACAUGGCGCUGCCAGAUAAGCCAGAAACAGAAUUUAAUGAUAAUAAUAAAAAUAUAAUUCUGAACUUAGAAAUCACAAACAGUAUAUUAGAUGCGGUAAUCAGUUCAAAUGAAAAAAUAUCAUUGUUAUUUUUAACAAAUCCUUUAGAAAACAUUUUGUACUGUAAUAAUGAAAAAGUAAAGUUUUAUUUUCUAACCAGUACAGUACCUAAGUUAUUUGAAUGUAUACUAGGCUACAGAAUAUUGGAUCGCAUAUGGGACCACAUAACAAUAUUACAACUUAAUAACAAUGAGGCUUGCCUGAAAAUUAUGAGUUGUCUGUCUGAUUAUUACCUACCUAGUUUUGAUGCACAAGGAAAUGCAAAAUUUGAAUCAGUCAUUGCAAUGAAAAGUGAAUUCUGGAGUAUGAUAUUAUUGGGUUUAAAUUCAAAUGACACUUCAAUUAGAAGAAUUGCAAUUUACCUUGGUAAAAGGGCUAUAGAUAACUUGAUGUUUCUAAAAAUGGAUUUCAGAGCUAGUAAUGACAAUUUUAUAAUAUUCUUCUGGGAACACAAAAAUGCCAUAACUUACAAGAAAAAUUGGGAAAAUUAUUUCAUUCUUAUUGAGAGUCUAGAAGAAACUCAAAGCAAUAUUGUAUUACCCUCGAUUCAACUAUUUGAUAGCUUAAAGCAUAUUGGCAACCAUUGGCUGAACUGUUGUUUCAACAUAGGCUUGAAACAUGACAAUACUGAAGUAAGAUUGAGAUGUAUUGAAAACAGAUUAAAAGUGAAAUUUUGUUCAAGGAAUGAGGCCAUAACUUUACUAGAAGCUCUUAAUGAUUUAAAUAUUUACCACAACUCCAAAGAGUACAGAUUAUUAAAAGAAAGUAUAUCAAAAUGUUUGUUAGACAGUGAUUGUCUGGAGAGUGUAAUUAAUGUAAUACCGAAUAUUAAAUGGUCACCAGUACCAUUGUAUCAUUUAAGUGAUGUCUUAGGGGAGAUCAAUUUACAAAAUCCAGUAAAUUUUAGAAUUUUUUGUGACAAAAUCAAGGAGAUAUUAAAAUUACAUUGUACAAAUAUACCUAUAAGAAAAGCGGUCUAUGUAAACAUAUCACAUUUCAUAGCUAAUAACUGUUACGGUAUUGAUUGGGAAAGUUACGGUAAUAUCUACCCAUUGUUUCAUUUCGAAUUAUUUGAAAAUCAAAGUUUAAACACUAAUCCAUUUAUCUUGUUAGUUAAUACAAUGUCAGUAAAAAAAGAUGAAGAACAUGAUUUUUUUAAAUUCAUUACAAAAUCAUAUGAAAAUAUUGAUUUUGCUUUGUUAUAUUUAAAACAAAAUGACAAAAACAGGGGUAUGUUUAUUGAAGAAAUAGCCUCAAAAUUGAAGAAUGUAGGAGAAGUGAUCUCUAGACAAUAUUGUGAUAAACUAGAAUGCUUUCGAGAUGUAAUAUAUUUAAUAAAUAUCCACACUAAGACAUUGAAAUAUGAGAACAGUUUUAUGAAAACUUUAAAUAUGAUGAUAUCAAAAGAAUAUUCAGUAAUAUUACAUUACAUAUUAGAACUUCUAAUGAGUGACGUGGUUUUGAGCAUAGAAGAAUUGAAAGUUCUUUUAAAAGAUCAGACUAUAAUGAUAUACAAUACUGAUAAUAGCUGUGCUCAAAUUCUUCUGCAGCUUUUCAAAAGUUCAAUUUUACUGCUGAAUGACGAAAAUACAAAUAUUUUUAAAAAAGCUUUCUCUCUGACAGUAAUCGAUUGUUUGGUCUCUGAAAAUUUAGCAAAUAAUUCUGUACUACUUAAUCAUGUCGAUAAUAUUUUAACUGAAGUGGAAAUUGUUAAAUUUGGAGAAAUGGAUACUAUAAAUAAUGCUGAAAACUAAGAUAAUAGAAUAUGGACCAGCGAGAAAUAUUUCACUAUAUUUUCUGACAAGGCAGUUAGAUAAAAAAGAAAUUUUAACAUCAGAACUAGUGUAUGUUAUAUGUGAAAUUUUACU